AGCAUUCUCCUAGUGCGAAUAGCGCUGGAGGGGGAUCUCAGUCAGCGCUGCUGGGAGGAGGGGGUGGAGGAGGAAGGCAGUCCUACCCCCAGCUCCUCCGGCCGAGUCUGUCACACACCGGGAUACGGGGGCCCCGCAGGGGUUGCUGACGUUCGUCACGGGGAAGAUGGCGAUCACAGCGGACAGUACCGGAAAAAUGGGAUUUCUAAUACUUAGAAUGGCUUUCCGAUUCGCCUUCAUGGUCGUCAACAACAUGGUCGCUAUUACGUCCUAUGUAUUAUAUUUAAUAGCUCUGCAGCCAGUCAGAGUUAUAGACAGAAAACUGUUCUGGUAUAUUGAAGGAGUCAUGUUUAAAUGGCUUUUAGCAAUGGUUGCAUCCUGGGGCUGGGCCGCUGGGUAUACAGUUGUUGAAUGGGGAGAUAACGUCCAUUCGAUUUCAGAAGAUGAAGCUGUGAUGCUGGUGAACCAUCAAUCAACAGGAGAUGUCUGCACCCUCAUGAUGUGCCUUCAGGACAAGGGCACGGUUGUACGACAGAUGAUGUGGCUUAUGGACCAUAUAUUUAAAUAUACAAAUUUUGGCAUAGUAUCACUAGUGCACGGAGAUUUCUUUAUUCGACAGGGCAAAGCCUAUCGUGAUCAACAGCUUGUGUUGCUCAAAGACCAUCUUGAGAAAUACUACAGGAGCCGGGAUCGUAAGUGGAUCAUUUUGUUCCCAGAAGGAGGCUUUCUCAGGAAACGAAGGGAAACCAGUCAGUUGUACGCCAAGAAAAAUAGCCUCCCGCAUCUUACCCACGUUACCCUCCCAAGACUGGGAGCUACACAAGUUAUACUGAAUACACUACUUGCUCAGCAGCAAAAUGGAACCCCUACAGCAGGAAUCACAGAGGUAAAGGAAAGAAAACAAAAAGGUCUGCAGUGGGUAAUAGAUGCCACAAUCGGCUACCCUAAUGCCCACCCUAUAGACAUCCAAACCUGGAUUCUUGGCUACAGGCAACCCACAGUCACUCAUGUCUAUUACAGAAUUUACCCAAUCAAAGAUGUGCCCAUGGAAACAGAAGCCUUGACAGACUGGUUAUACAAACGAUUUGUUGAAAAGGAGGAUCUCUUGGCACAUUUCUACGAAACAGGUGCUUUCCCCCCUCUGAAGGGCCAAAGCAAAACCAGCUCAAGGCAGAUGACCCUCAGCAACACAUGGCUUUUUCUUGUACAGUCUCUGGCCUUUUUGUCGGGCUACAUGUGGUACUGCCUUCUCCAAUAUUUUUAUCAAUCUUUAUUUUAAAGUCGGACGGGAUUUAGGGACUCUAAUGCAGGAUGUUCCAAGCUCUUGCGAGAGAUCCGCGUUAUCUGUGUGAAUGUGAAUACGCCACAGUCGAGAAAAUAUUGGACUUUUUUUGGUUUGUUUUGUUUCUAGAUUAUUUUUAAUUUGCUUUUUACAUCCUUACCGGGUCUGUUUUAAAUGAAGAAACCAAUGGAUCAGUGUCGGUGACUUGCUAAUUUUAAGGAAGCCGAAGAGGCAAAAUCUUGUGCAUCAGUAAUGGAACAGAACACAGCUUAAGCUUUCACUUUAGGCAGAGGACAUCUACAGUCCAUGUUACCAUUAGCAAGACAUACUGUAGGGGGGAGGGGACUGUCCAAGAUCAUCAUGGGUCAGAUUAUCACAAAUGAUGGCAGCGAUGUGUAUCAAGUUUUUGGAAACUGGCUGUAUGCAGAGAGAUUCACUGUGGAACGGAUUGUUGCCCUAUGACAUUCAUUUGGAAUACUGAGCAUAUAUAUCCACACAGCAGGGUCCAGAAGCCAAGAUCGCUGGAGAUAUUAUGGAAAGUAUUAUAGUUGCCAAGAAUUCACACAACCAGUUGGAACGAGACGGGAAGCUUGUUGACGUUUUUCCGUUUACCUAGAACACCUAGUUUACUUGUCUCCUGCUUCCUGAGGAUAAAUGUCAGCUCACUUGUCUAGAUUCAUCAUCAUCAUAUUUUUUUUGUUAAUAUUGUAUGUGAAUUUUUACAGUGUAUUUUUUUUUUAUGUUCCUUUAAUUGCACUUUUUAAGAUGUCGAAAACUGUAGACAAUUUUGUGCUAAAUCUGAAGCCCCAGAAGA